CCGGUUAUGGCGGUGACGUAGUGUGGGGAGUUCGGUGUUGUGAUUGGUUGUUCUUUUCCCGCGCACUUUGUGUUGUUGCUGUCAGGCUCCCGAGUUGCUCUGUGUCACGUCAUGGACUUGUCGGUGUAUGAUUCCGCCGGCCUGCCGGACCUGUUGCCUCUCUACUACCGGAGGCUCUUCCCCUUCUACCAGUACUACAGAUGGCUCAGCUACGGGGGCGUUGUGAAAAACUACUUUGUGCACCGAGAGUUCAGCUUCACCCUAAAAGAUGACAUAUAUGUACGAUAUCAGUCCUUCAACAACCAGAGCGAGCUGGAGAAAGAAAUGCAGAAGAUGAAUCCUUACAAAAUCGACAUUGGAGCCGUGUACUCCCACAAGCCCAGCAUGCACAACUCUGUGAAAUCGGGUACAUUUCAAGCACAAGAGAAGGAGUUGGUGUUUGAUAUUGAUAUGACAGAUUACGAUGAUGUUCGGAGAUGCUGCAGUUCUGCAGAUAUAUGCAAUAAGUGCUGGACUCUGAUGACCAUUGCCAUGCGAAUCCUGGAUAGAGCACUAGCAGAUGAUUUUGGGUUCCGUCAUCGAUUAUGGGUAUACUCAGGCAGAAGAGGAGUCCAUUGCUGGGUGUGUGAUGAGGCUGCCAGGAAGCUCUCCCAGGCUGAAAGAUCUGCUGUAGCAGAAUAUUUGAGUGUGGUGAAGGGAGGUGAAGAGACCAUAAAGAAGGUUCAGCUCUUCGAUCCCAUUCACCCAUUUAUAAAGAAAUCCAUUAUGGUGGUGGAGAAAUAUUUUGAACAAUAUGCUUUGGUGGGGCAGGACAUUUUGGAGAAUAAGCAGAACUGGGACAAGGUGUUGGCACUUGUUCCAGAAGUAGUCCGAGAGCUUGCGCAGAAAGAUUUCCAGAAAGCACGUACUUCAGUUGAGCGAUGGGAGAAACUGAAGAAAUGUUUAAACGCCCCGGUAUGUAACAAUCAUACAGGAAAUGAUGUUAAAAAGGGUACUGCUAAGGAGAUCAUGUUACAGUACUGCUAUCCCCGAUUGGAUGUGAAUGUGAGCAAAGGUGUUAAUCACUUGUUAAAGAGCCCUUUCAGUGUUCACCCUAAAACAGGAAGAAUUUCUGUACCAAUAGAUUUCAAGAAGCUGGAUCAGUUUGAUCCAUUUGCAGUUCCAACAAUAAGCUUGCUAUGUAGUGAGUUGGACAAUGUGAAUAUAAAAGAGGAUCAGGAUAGCCCUGGUGAUGAGGAGCCAGAAGUUAAACGCAGAACAAGAGAUUAUAAAAGAACAAGCCUUGCUCCAUAUGUGAAGGUGUUUGAACAAUUUCUUGACAAGCUCGAUCAGUCACGAAAAGGAGAGCUACUGCUGAAAAGUGAUCUGAAGCGGGAGUUUUAACAUUUCCGGCAUGCUCAUCGGUUUGCGUAUCCGUGACUGAUUUACAUCGGGAUAUGCUUUGU